CGCAUUUAAUUUUAUUUGGUCGCCUGCUAACAGCGACAUCGGUUGCGUCUCGCCAAAAAAUAAUAUCACGCUCCCGGAAUUUAGAAGUAAAUAAAAGAAAAGUGACAAGCCGUAGUCCGUGCUCAAGCUGUGCUACUAAUCAACCGUUCAGUGUGGCCAAAUCCUCAUAGGCCGCAAGGACCCCCGUCGAGUGUGGCCAGUUGCCAAGGACCUCUUACGUUAGCUGCCAUAACAAAAGCAUUAAACCGCGAUACGAUCAGUCGGCCAAUCGAUUCCAUUCAGUUUUAUUGAACACUCAACGCCCCGUGCAAUCCAUAAUCUCAACGAUUGGACAAUUGCAACUGUAACGUGAAGAACACAAAUUGUCAACAAAGUCGUAAAAAUAUUCGCACACUCUGGCAAUAAAGUAAAUGAAACAAUAAAACAAAUAGGGCAAAAGCAGCUAAUUGAUUGCCAAAUAGGAGUAAAGUUGGCGCAACAUGAGCCGCUGGCUUUAAGGAGACCAUCCAGCAGCAGCAGGUGCAACAUUCAGCAGAAAGGAGAGGAGCAGGACCAGGUUCAUUUGGGAACAGGAAACAGGGAACAGGAGCAAUAAGCCCAGGGCGAUACCAACAAAAUGGUUCACGGACCACCGGCUCGCAGAAAAUCGCAGCAGCAGCAUGAACAUGAGCAUGAGCAGACCUGCGAAAUGGAUCUCGAACGACAGCCAACUCCACCGGAUGGAGGAUGGGGAUGGGUGGUCGUCUUUGGCUCCUUCAUGAUACACAUAGUCACCGAUGGCAUGACCUACUCCUUUGGCAUCUUCUACAAUGAGUUCCUGGACUAUUUCAACGAGGGCAAGGGUUAUACGGCUUGGAUUGCCUCUAUAAUGGUGGGCGUGACCUUCUCUUCAGGACCCAUUUCAUCGUCCUUUGUGAACCGAUAUGGCUGUCGGGCGGUGACCAUUGCGGGUGCCAUCCUGGCCGCCAGUUGCAUCAUCGUGAGCAUGUUCGCCCAGAAUGUCCUCACGCUGAUCAUCACGAUUGGCUUUGGAACCGGCCUGGGCUUCGGCCUCAUCUACCUGCCGGCCAUUGUGAGUGUGACGCAGUACUUCGAGGCGAAGAGAUCCCUGGCCACGGGCAUCGCAGUCUGCGGCUCCGGAUUCGGAACCUUUGUCUUUGCCCCGCUCACCGAGUACCUGAUUGGCAACUAUGGGUGGCGCGGAGCGAUGCUGAUCAUCGGUGGCAUCGUGCUCAACUGCAUCAUCUUCGGUGCGAUGUUCCGUCCCUUGGAAUUGGGGCCAUCGCCGGCAGCACAGACGCCCCCCAAUACGCCCAGCACUCCCAAGCUGGGCAAGAAGUCGGCCAUUAUCGAUGGAAAUACCACGCCGGCGGAACUGGAGCCCCUGAAGAUUCUGCCCAAGGAUCAGUACCUGCAGUUGCCCCCAGUUUCGGGAGGAGGAGGAGGAGGUGCCCUCUGCCGAUCCAACAGUGUGGGUCACAACCUCAAGCCCAGUUUGAACAACAAUUCGAAUGGCGCCGUCAAUGGGCAGGGAGUGCCCACUUUGGUCACGCCACCGCAGGCGGUGGUUAAGAGCACCAGCAACGAUGACAUCGCCAGGAAGUGUCACAGCCAACUGCAGCUGACUCCGCUGCGGGACGCCCAUCGGGAGCGGAGUGCCAGUGGCACCAUGUACCGCCCAGAUGCCCUCUACCAGGGUUCGCUGCACAAUCUGCCCGACUAUGUGAGCUCCAGGAACGACCUGAACCGCUCGAUGUCCGGAUCGGGAGUCAUCAAGCGGUACGGUUCGCUGCGCCAGAGCAACAAUGUGUCACAGAGUCAGGAGGAGACCAAAUGUUGCGGCUGCAUCACCUGCUCCAAGGAGACCCGCGACACCUUCGCCGAGAUGAUGAACUUCUCGCUGCUGAAGGACGUGAUCUUCGUGAUCUUCUCGGUGUCCAACUUCUGCACGAGCAUCGGCUUCAACGUCCCCUACCUCUAUGUGGCCGCCUACGCGGAGACCCUGAACAUCAGCAAGACGGAGGCCAGCUACCUGAUAGCCACCAUCGGGGUGGCCAACACGGUGGGCCGCAUAAUCCUGGGCUACAUAUCGGACAAGCCGUGGGUCAACCGCCUGCUGGUCUACAACGUCUGCCUCACAGCCUGCGGAAUUUCCACUGCCAUGGUGCCGCUGUGCCAUGACUACCAGUCGCUGGCCUUCUACUGCAUCGCCUUCGGCUUCACGAUCGGCGCCUAUGUGGGCCUGACCUCGGUCAUCCUGGUGGACCUGCUGGGCCUGGACAAGCUGACCAAUGCCUUCGGGCUGCUGCUGCUCUUCCAGGGCAUCGCCAGCUUUAUUGGACCGCCCAUCGGAGGUUGGAUGUACGAUCUGACGGACUCGUAUGCGCCGGCCUUCCUGAUGGCCGGACUCAUGAUCGCCAUCAGCGGCGUCGUGAUGUUCGCCAUUCCCCCGCUGCAGCGACUUCAGGCCGGGAAAUCGGAGCAGAAGCACCAUGCCGAGCACCUAGCCCUAAGUUAGUCCACCUAUCCUCCCAUCCUUAGCCCUCCACGCCAUCGUCCGCCCCCCUUAUUUUUGUUUAUAACCAUUUCCAAUUCUUUUUUUUUUGUUUUUUUUCUAUUGUAACUAUAGAUCUAGAAAUCUAGACAUCUAGAAACUAUAAACGCACGUCACUUGGUUAGGUUAAGACCUAGUUCUAGGCCAGACAUGUAUGUAUGUGUGUAUGCCACAGCUAGAGCAUAUCCGAUUAUUAAUGUAUAGGCAACUACCCCUGACCCCUGAACCCUUGAACCCUUGAACCCAACCCCAAACCUCCCAAAACAAAUGUAUAACCAUAC